AUGCUUCCUGCCGGAAGAACAGUGCUUGUGCACAAUUUUCGCUUUAAUUACCUUCUAUCCUACACGCUGACCUGGAAGCACUCCCUAUAUCCAAAACUGCCGCGACAGCUUGUAGCUGCUCCAGUGUUUGCAUCAAAACGACACACCUCGACAAUGAUAUCUGAACGCGACCUGUUCGCAUACACCUCUGGCCGUUACCUUUAUAAUGAGGAAAUCCGACUUGCUGAAAGAUAUAUCGAGUUCGAUGUUGACGCAUUGAAAAGGAUCGCUGCGAAAGCUGUGGACCGUAACUCAGCUACAAGUAUCAGGAAGCUUGCAGAAGGUGGUUUUAAUAGGGUCUUUCUUCUGACGAUGAAUGACGGGUUUGAAGUCAUUGUUAAAAUACCGUACUUAUUAGCUGUCCCACCAAAGCUCACCACCGAGAGUGAAGUUGCUACUUUGGACUUCUUACGUGAAAAUGGCAUCCCUGUUCCCAAGGUAUAUGCUUGGUCUUCGGACAAAGACAAUGAAGUUGGUACAGAGUAUAUUAUCAUGGAAAAAGCUACUGGGAAACCAUUGACGGACCGUUGGUUUGAUUUGACGCCCAAGGAGAUGUUGAAGCUGGUUACCAGCUAUGUGGAUAUCGAGAAGAAGCUUUUCUCCUUCCCAUUUGGAGCCCAUGGAAGCUUAUAUUACAAAGAUGCAUUGCCACGGAAUCUCCAGGCUAGUUUAUACGCAUCUGGGCAAUCAGGAGGGGAUAGCCGCUUUUGCAUUGGGCCCAUCACGGACUACAUGUUCUGGCGUGGACGACGCGCAGCGUUCGAUUUGGAUCGAGGGCCUUGGGGGGAUCACUGCCAGUACCUGCAAAGUAUUGGCCAACGAGAGCUAGAAUGGACUCAAAAGUUUGGAAAACCUAUGAUGAAUGAUUUCCCUCAUAAUGCUAUAGAAGGAAUACCACGGGAAAUACCUCAGGGCAUCUACAUCGACUUACUUAAAAAAUAUCUAUCGCUAGCUCCAUAUAUUUUGCCGCAAGAUCCCGCAGAUCCAUUGAAUCGCCCAACAUUACGACACCCGGAUCUUAACCCAAGUAACAUAUUUGUGUCCGAGGAAGGUGAAAUAACCUGUCUAAUUGACUGGCAGUAUACUACGAUUCUGCCGCUGCUCCUGGUAGCAGGGAAUCCCCCGAUGUUUGACAACCCUGAUUCUGAGCCACCAAAGGACCUGAGGCAACCAUCUCUGCCACCAGACUAUGGUACCUUGAGCGCAGAGGAAAAAUCACACGCCGACGAGCUCCAUCGACGAAGGAUGCUUUUCUGGUUAUACAUGGUAUUUAACGGAAGGGACAACAAGCCUCAUCUGAAGGCCAUUCAAUAUCCGUUACUAAUGCCUCGGCAGCAUCUAGCUGAUAGAGCAGGACGGCAAUGGACUGGAAAUUUUAUCACCUUGAAAGGCGCAAUCCUCAGAGUGGUCCUCAACUGGAAUGUAAUUCUAGGAAAGCGGGCUGGAACCGUUGAAUGCCCCGUCCAGUUCACGAAGGAGGAGGAAGAAGAGUUUUUUGCUCUCGAGGAGCAGUGGUUCCAAUUUAAUAUAUUAACAGAGCAUUGGCACUCAAAGCUCGACCAUUUGGGCCAGGACGGUUGGGUGAGAAAUGAAUCGUAUGACAAAGUUGCUGCUUUGAACAAGGAAUUCAAAGAAGAAUGGCUGGCUAGGGGAGAGGACGAUGAUGACCGGUUUCUUGUUGAAAAGGGCUGGCCAUUCCAAGAUCAUGAUGAGACUGACUAG